AUGAUCCCGGAAUACCCAGUGUACCGUUUAGCAUUGUUCAACCGCGAAACGGCUCCCAAAACGUCCCGCUACAAUAUCCGUGAGCAGGAGAUUAGGGGACGAUACAAGACGAUGCCAGGAGGGGGAGAGAAGGCCCGUUGGGAAGACAUAUUCACUCUUUGGCUAGGAAGAUGGCUAGGAAGGAUCCAGUCAUCAAGGCAAUGCAUCAGCAUAUUAGCCAGAUUGGUUAUUCAUAGAUUAUUAUCCGAAUUCACUCUAUAUAGAAGAAUUUGCGCACCCCUGACAAGGCCAUGCCCCAAAACCGUUGCUGCACUGGGGUACAAAGUUUGCCGCACGCCUGAAUACACCAGGACCUUCGCUGAAGAGUGUAACGAUGCACGGUGUCGCCGACGCCACUUCGUGGCAAAGGAAAUUCCAGUCAACGUCGACGCUUCCACAAAUAAAUGCUCAUACGAAGCUGAGCGAUUGGGAGAGGACGGGCCAGAUGAGCUCACGAUCUGGGGUUUGAACGUCGCGGAAAAAUUAGGAAACCAAGCCCAUCUCAUCAGGAAUGCCACGCAAAAAACGGAGAUUCGUUCCCACCGGCUGCCCUGCGAUGAAUGGAUGGAAAUUGGACCCACACUCCGGCAAGCACAAGCACAAGGUGCAACUGCACCAGACGUCACAAAGCACAGACAAAACACGCCAAUGGCAAGCCGCACUAAGCAAUUGCAGAAGAUGGGUGGUGGAACGCCGACUUUUAGGGACACAUUUGCUGCAGAGAACACCCCCCUUUCGUACAUGCGUCUUCACGUGUCGAAUAUUAGACUUGGACCCGUCUACCGAUGGGCUGCACCACCUAGUCGAACGAAGCCACCCCUUCGACCCGUUACUGCCACGCGAUCGAACAUUGGGGUGAAGGCUGCCUGA